AUGGAGGGGCUGCAGGGCCGCCGGUUCUCGCCCUCCUUCUUCUCGGUGGGCUCGCCGGAGGGGGAGCGGGCGGCGGGCGGAGCCCUGGCCGAGGAGGGGCAGCUGCGGCCGGGCGGCGGGCCCCACCAGUGCCUGCGCUGGGCGUGCAAAGCGUGCAAGCAGCAGUCGAGCUCGGGCGACCGGCGCAAGGCGGCCACGCUGCGGGAGCGGCGCCGCCUGCGGAAGGUCAACCAGGCCUUCGAGGCCCUCAAGCGCUGCACGGCCGCCAGCCCGGCCCAAGGGCAGCGCCUGCCCAAGGUGGAGAUCCUGCGCAACGCCAUCCGCUACAUCGACAGCCUCCAGCACCUCCUGCGCCGCCACCAGCGCUGCCGCCCGCCAGCCCCCGCCGCCUCCCAGCCCGCCAGCCCCACCUCCAGCUGCUCCGACGGCGCGGUUGAAUGCAACAGCCCCAUGUGGUCCAGGAGAAACAGCUCUUACGACAAUGUCUACUUCUCUGAUCUCCACAAUGUCUAUUCCUCAGAUACGAGUAUGGCUCUAUCCAGCCUGGAUUGUUUGUCCAGUAUAGUGGAUCGAAUCUCUUCCUCGGCUCAGCCUGCACUGCCCUUACAGGACACAGCUUCCCUCUCUCCCGGUGCCAGCCCUGAAUCCCAGCCAGGCACUCCAGAGACCCCUCAUCCCAGGCUCAUCUAUCAUGUACUAUGAGCUGCCUGAGACUUGAAACCAAUGCACAUGAUAUUGUUUGGGCAUGUCAAGGCACUCCCAGCAGCCAGAAGCAGAGAGCUAUCCAGUGAACUGCCUCUGUCCCACAAAUAUGUAUAUAGGGGAGGUCACUUUAAAUUGUGUAUAUUUGUGAAUAGUUUUAUAAGGGGAUUAAAAUAUAUUUAAUCAAGCCUCCAUGUUUUAAUAUUGUAUAUCAUAAAUAUAUGUUGGUUUUAAAUUGUACCACACUGAAAUCUUAGUUAUCAUAAAUUUGGAAGCAAUAGACCCAGAAGAAGCUCCAAUGUGAUUUUUUUUUUUUUAGAUUCUCCACCACCCACAUGCAGGUGAUUAAAUUGCAUUUUUAUGUGUGCAUUUUGCCUCCUAAUAUAGACUGGUUAUGCUGAAUUGUUAUCUUUACCUGACAAAGAACAGCCCAUAACAGCCAAGGCAUUUGUUUUGGGAUCAAUAUUUUAGGAUGCUAGUAAAGGACAGAGCUUUAUUAAUUGUUUUAUCAUUACAUUUUUACAAUUGGGUGUGCCUUUUUUUUUUGGCCUUGGACAUCCUGAGCAGUUUGUAACUAUCUAAUCAUUGCAUAAAAUACUAUAGAAAUUAAGUAGUACCAAACAGAUUGAAGGUAUGCUUUCUUAUUUCCACUCAGGUUUUUUCUCAAUAUGAGCUAGCCUACUGAGAAUGCAAAUUUAAUUUUGACUUUUAUUUUUAUAGUCAUACUUUCAAUAAAUUGCCUUUAGUGAA